AUGUCUCAAAAUCAAGGCGAUAUCCAGGAGCGUAUUGCUGCCGCGCGUAGAGAAGCGGAAAGUUUGAAGGAAAAAAUCAGAGCAAAGCGAGAAUCAUCAGCUGAUACUAGCUUGCGUGCUAUGGCCGCAGAGGUCGAUGCGCUCCCUCGAAUUGUAAUGCGCCCUAGGCGCGCUCUCAGGGGCCAUCUUGCGAAGAUUUACGCUAUGCACUGGGCUGCAGACAGACGCCAUCUUGUUUCUGCCUCUCAAGAUGGAAAGCUCAUUGUCUGGGACGCUUAUACCACUAACAAAGUUCAUGCUAUUCCCCUGCGAUCCAGUUGGGUCAUGACUUGUGCUUACUCACCAUCGGGUAACUUUGUUGCCUGUGGUGGGCUAGACAACAUUUGCUCCAUUUACGCUUUGAACAACAAAGACGGGACAAGUGCCAAAGGCGCCCGUGAGCUGAGCGCCCACUCUGGAUAUCUCAGUUGCUGCCGCUUCAUCAACGAUCGCCAAAUUGUGACCAGUUCGGGUGACAUGACUUGUAUGCUUUGGGACAUUGAAGCUGGUGUACGAGUAGUCGAAUUCAGUGACCACACCGGAGAUGUCAUGAGCCUUUCCUUGGGACCUAAUCAAAACAUCUUUGUCUCUGGCGCCUGUGAUGCGACUGCCAAACUAUGGGAUAUUAGAACUGGUCGCGCCACACAGACAUUCACUGGUCACGAGUCAGAUAUCAACGCCGUCCAAUUCUUCCCCAACGGUGAUGCAUUUGCUACCGGUUCCGACGACGCCUCUUGCCGUUUGUUUGAUAUUCGUGCGGAUCGUGAAUUAAACGCCUUCACCCAUGAUAACAUUCUGUGCGGUAUCACGUCUGUAGCAUUUUCAAUCUCCGGUCGUAUCCUUUUUGGAGGCUACGAUGAUUGGACUUGCAAUGUCUGGGACACCUUGAAGGGAGAGCGUGUUGGUGUUUUGACAGGCCACGAGAACAGAGUUAGUUGCUUGGGCGUCAGCGUUGAUGGAAUGGCUCUUUGCACCGGUAGUUGGGAUAGCACCCUCAGAGUCUGGGCGUACUUGGAAGACACGUCGACACAUCGGGAGUGGUUUGAAUCUCGUGAUGUGCUACGGCUUCCGUUUUUGGUAAUACAUAUUGACGUCGUCGACGCGACAAGUCGAUUCACAAACGUUGCUCAUUUUUCAUUCACCUUCACAUAUAUUGCCAUCGUUGGCAAACAACUCCAAGCAUUCAAUAUGUCAGAAGAAGACCGCGCAGCCAAGGCAGCAAGAGCAAAGGCUUUGCUCAAGAAACGCCAACAAAAGAAGGCUGCGGACUCUGUUGCCGCCGUAGUGAGCUCAACCUCUGGCUCGCCCGUUGUUCCUUCCAGGACUUUCUCUCCAGCUCCGGAGGAAGAUAAACGAGAUUUAGGAGACGUCUUCUCUGCAGACACCUCAGACACUUCAUGGCUCACUUCAUUGCCGCGAGUUACAUCCUCUCCUCCGCCUGCUCACAUCCCACCAAAAUCACCACCGCCUGGUCGCCGUGUAUCCCUGGUUUCUCCCCAAGCCGUAGCUGUGCCAAACGACCACCCGGCUUCUUCGUCAGCAACAUUACUAUCUGCAGAUCCCGCUACUUUGCAAGUCCAGUUAGGCUUACUUUCUAAAGAGAAUGAAACGCUGGUUGCUACAAUAGCCCAGCUACGGCAGUUCGAGACUGCUGCUCAGGAGGCGCAGACCUUACUGGAAGCCGAACGGAAAGCACUUCAGGCACUUCAGUUUGACUAUUCCAAGUUACAAUCGGAUACAAAUAUUGCUCUUGCAAAUGAACGAGAAACUGUAUCGUUAUUGGUGACAGAGAAGGCUCAUUUAACCUCGGAGUUGCAGAAACGUGAAGAAUUUGAAUCUAUGACGGUCACUGAUAACAUUGCUCCAGAGGCUCAAGCAUUGGAAGAACAGCUAGAGACAGAGCAAACGAGGUCGAAGGAUCUAACAACUCAAGCCUCAGAGUUACAAACACAGGUUCAGGAUGUAUCUCAACGUUUGAAACAACUCGAAUUUAGAGAGAAAGAAAUCCUUGACCGUUGUAAAGAUCACGAACGCCAAUUACACAUUGCCACUACCGCGGGAGCAGAGUCACGCAAAGAGGCCGACGAAGCGCAACGCAAACUGCGCGAAUUGGAGGAUCAAAUCCAAAGCGACGACCGCGUUGAACGCCUGGAAUCAUCCUUAAAGAAUACUCAAGAUCGUGCCGAUGAGCUGGAGUUCCAAGUAUCCAAACUCAAACAGAGUUAUGCAUCCCUCAAGUCCGAAAAAGAAGCUCUUGACUCCCAAUUGAACAGUAGUAAAGCGAAGGAGUCAGAUUGGACUGUACAGCGAUCGAAGCUUGAAUCACAGGUUGACCAGGCUCGAAAAGAGCUAACUGCCAUCCAAUCUGAGCGCAAUGCCAUCAUUGCAGAAAAGUCGAAGCUUCAAGAGGUCACAGAAACUCAAUCCAAUACUAUCAAUGGCCUUGAAGAGAAGCUUACUCUGGCCACGUCUGCUCUGGCUAUUAGUGCCAAACAGGCUCAAAAUCUUCAGCAGGAUCUGAAGAAUGCUAUCCGACGAGCAGACGAUGCAGAGAAUACUCAGAGAAACCUGCAAGCUGAAGGGAGCAGACUUAUGGAAGCUGUUGAUGAAAUGCGCCCGAAGAUCGUGGAGCUUACGUCUACCAAGCUUGAACUUUCUGAGCGGGUGGAAAAUCUGGAACACACACUUCGAAACCGGGAUUCUGUCAUAUCGCAGUUGGAAAAUGACUUAGGGGAAGCACGCGAACAGAAUGAACAGAUUGAGGCAACAUGGAAAAAACGCAUGGAGGAACAAGAAAAGCGACACAAAGAAACUCAAAAUGGUGUCACGGAUAUUCAAAAGGCGUAUACCGAACUUCAGGAAGAACUCAAUAGCGCCUUAGCUAGUGUCAAAAAUUUGGAAACCCAACGCACAAAUCAGCAUCAAGAAGCAUCACGUCUUUUGGAGGAGGUCGAGCGUUUGACAAUUCUCCUACAAACGCAGGGAGAAGAAUUAGACGCCGUUAGGCAUGAACUGGAAGCACGGAAUGAGGCACAUGAGGAAGAACAAGAUUUUUUGGAGCGUGCCCAAAACGAGAUUGAAACCCUUCGAGCCGAAAUUAGUGCCCGAGAUAGCGAAAUUGAACAUCUUCGUGAAUCUACCAAAUCCCCUCAGUCUGAUGCACCUAGAUCUCUUGACGACGAAUUACUCAGCUCGAUCAGGCAGCAGCACGCAAUAGAGAUUUCCGCCGCCACCUCUCAAAUUAGAGCCUUGGAAAACACCAUCUUUGACAAGGAUAGUAUCAAUCACUCACUCCAGAAGCAAAUCAACAAAUUAGAAGAGGAGUUGGCUCACUUGAGGUCGAACUCGCGACUGGGACCGCCCUCAAGACCAGCCAGUCGGUCGCUGGAAAAUGAUGUCCGCCGGUCGUCUUUGCACUCCCACCGAGGGAACCAGCCACCUUUAGCUCGCACAAUAUUCGAUCAUGCCAUGACCCCCGAGACACGCCAUAAACGGAAGGUCAGCCUCAGUAUGCUGAAAGCUCGCAUAGAAAGUGAGGCGAAACCGAUCUCCCAGCCAGCAUCCCGGGCAUUGUCACCAGUUCAUUCUGAAGGCCAUUCUCGACCAUCAUCGGUAGCAUCAGUACCGCAUAUACAUCGACCGCAGUUUUUGGACGAGUCUCACGUAUUUUGGUGCCACUCAUGCCAAGGGGAUCUUGUAAUUCUGUAA